AUCUUUUUAAGGUAUAUUUUAAGGAAAAAACUAAAGGUGCUAAGUUGCUAUUAUAAAUACUGGGUAUUUUUCCCCCCUUCUCCCUAUUCCAAAGUACUGUCCAUACUUACCUCUACGUGUCCAGAGCUCUAGUAUGCAUGUACGGAGGAAAACCAUUUUCUCUCUGGCUCAGUGUGUGUCUGGUAUCCUAUUAACCUACUUUUGUUUAUGUCCUUGGUGUGAUUGUAGUGUUUUUCAUUUUUGUAAUUUUCAUUCUUGUAUAAUAUGGUAAAUCUUUAGAGUGAGAGAAUUUUAUGCUUGUUUUGUGUACUUUUUUUAAUCCACAUAAAAGUAUUUUAAAGUAGACUUAGCAUUACUACCAAGUUACGGUAAUAAGAGUUGUACUUUUCCUGAACACUGGUAAAGGAAUUAACAUAACACACUAGAUUUUUUUCGUGACUCUCCUUGUGCUUUUCUGCUUUUGUCUUUAUGCAUGUGGUAGUGGUGGUUUAACAUAUGCAGGUUGUAUGUAAAAAAAAAAAAAAAAAAAAUCAAAUGCAGUGAAUUUUGAGAAUUUAGGGAUAAGACCUGUUUAAAAAAAAAAACAGGGCUUGCCUAAAUGUGUCUCUCUGAAGAUAUUGAUACAGUACUUAUAUUAUCCAGGAAUAGAUAGAUAUAAGUAAGAAAGAAAAAUACCAUAUCUUCAGAAAUUUAUUCAUUAACUACUUCCUCUCUCUCUCUCUCCCCUCCUCCUCCUCCUCACCGAUCCUUCAUCCCAUCUCCCUUCCCUCCCUCCUCCUUCAACCUCAAAAGGAUUGCCCAUCAAACACCUGCGGCGAAGACGAUUACAUGUGUGCAGGUCACUUCGAGUGCAUCCGUCAGGCAUGGCUCUGCGAUGGCGACAUGGACUGCCCCGGUAAUGACGACGAAAAUGAAGAGAACUGCCCUCAUCGCUGCCCCGAAGAUCACUUCAUGUGCGGUGACCAGUCAUGCAUUCACAAGCGACUCAAGUGCAAUGGAUUCAAUGAAUGCAUUGAUGGGUCGGAUGAGGAACACUGCCAAAAACGUUGCAAUGAGGAAUACGAGUUCAACUGCGGGGACAAGUGCAUUGCAAUGGAUCUAGUGUGCAAUGGCAAGAGAGACUGUGAAAAUUCAGCUGAUGAGCCCACUGAUGGAAGCUGUGGUAGGAAUGAGUGUGAGGAGCUCAAUGGUGGUUGCACUCAGGAGUGUGUAGACACUCGUGCUGGACAUUACUGCAAGUGCAAGCCUGGGUUCAUGCUUGUCAAUAGCACCCUGUGUGAAGACAUCAAUGAGUGCCUGGAGCCCGGGCAGUGUUCACAGGUGUGCAUCAACCUCAAAGGCUCAUUCAAGUGUGAGUGUGUCGGAGGAUAUGCCAGAGACCCCCACAACCCCCAGCGGUGCAAGGCUAUGGAAGGACAUGCCUCCUUGCUCUUCGCUCACUUCAUUGACAUCAGGAAGAUCUCUCUUGACCAUCAAGAGAUCACAGCCAUCGUAAAUGAGACUCGUGGUUCCACAGCCCUAGACUUUGUCUUCAAAACUGGAAUGAUUUUCUGGACAGAUGCACUUGACGAGUGCAUUUACAAAGCUCCUAUUGAUGAAGGAAGCAAAAAGCAAGUUGUAAUAUCUGAAGAAGUGACAACAGUUGAUGGUCUAGCAGUUGACUGGUUAUACAAUCACAUAUACUGGACCAACAAUGAUAGGGACACAAUUGAGGUGGCAGAUUUUAAUGGUGACAUGAGAAAAACGCUCUACCAAGACCGCAUUGAACAGCCCCGAGCCAUUGCAGUGUACCCCUCAGAAGGCUGGAUGUUCUGGACUGACUGGGGUCAGAAUGCCAUGAUCGAGAGAGGAGGCAUGGACGGAAAAUUCAGAGAGCCAAUCAUCACUGAGGAAAUCAGGUGGCCCAAUGCCCUGACUCUUGACCUUGUGCUUCGGAAAAUCUACUGGUCAGACUCCAAGUUCCACUCCAUUUAUUCUUGUAAUUUUGAUGGAUCACAGCGUAGGGUUGUCCUCCACUCUUCCGAGUACCUUCCUCACCCAUUUUCCAUCACAGUCUUCGGGGACACCAUGUACUGGACCGACUGGUACAGAGAGGCCAUUCUGCGUGCCAACAAGUUCACCGGUCAAGAUGUUGAAACCAUCGCCGACUCGCAUGCCACACCAAUGACUGUGCAUGUGUACCACAGCUACCGCCAGCCCAAUGGCACAAACCACUGCACUCCACUCAAUGGUCUUUGUACCCACUUGUGUCUACCUGCACCCCAGAAGAGCCCCUCUGAUUCAAAAAUUACCUGUGCCUGUCCGGACGGCCUUGUGCUCAUGUCUGAUGGCCUGACUUGCGAGAGCAAGGAUGGCAUAGAAACCAGGACCCAAUUGCCCAACCCGGACCCUAUCCCAAUAACCCAUAACAUGGAAGGUAUUGUCCCUGUUGGCCACAAGUCCUUAUAGUAGAACCUCCUAGACUGGAACGUCAU